UUGUUUUUCUGAAACCACAAAAGUCAAAGUCUUCUACCGACUCUGGGUCGUCCAUUAGCUGAUGUUCAAACACGGUGGUGCAGAAGACUGUCGAACAAGCAUUUUCAAUUUCUCCAAUCCAUCGAAAUUAGAAGUACGAGGAGGAACCAUGAAGGGGAAAGAAGCAUCAGCUCUCUCAACCCAUCUGUUUUCUGUGUUGAUCUUUCUGUUCAUCACUGAAAUACAGGCUAGAAAGCUUGAAGAAGUGUGUUCUUCUUCAUGUGGAGACAUAAAGAACAUAAGCUACCCUUUUCGCCUGAAGGGCGAUCCAGUUGGCUGUGGCGACCUAGACUUUGAACUUUCCUGUCAAAACAACAAAACCAUCCUGCAACUCUAUUCAGGGCAGUAUUAUGUGAAGAAAAUUUCCUACAAUGAUCAGGUAAUCACUGUUGUUGAUGUUAACUUAGCCAAUGGAAGCUGCAGCCUGCCCAACAAAUUUCUGCGACAAAAUAUUUUCAGAGACAUAUUCAACUAUGAUAAUGGCUUUCAAGGAUUCCAGGUAGCUGAUCGAUACACCUUUGCAAAUUAUAUAAACUGCUCUGGAAAUGUCAGGGACUCGAAUUAUCAAAGAGUUCCUUGUCUGAGUACAAAUCAGUCUCAGAUUUAUGUCAAUUAUGGGGGAAGAAGUUUAUCUGAUCUGCCAGAUUUAUGCUCUUUCAUUACAGUGGUUCCUAUCCUUGGAACGGGUGUGCAGUUUUCUUCUUAUGAAAAAAUCAUGGAGUUGCUUGAAUCAGGCUUUGAACUUCACUGGUCAGUUGAGUGCAGGAAUUGUGUUGAUGCUGGUAGCUUUUGCUUUUUGAAUUUAGAAACUUUGACCUGCCCAGUAAGCACCCAAUUUUAUCUGACGCAGAAUUUAUAUUUCGUUGUGGCAAGUUCUCUCUUCGACCUUGCAGUGGUUCUGUAUCUUAUUGCUAGAUUUCUCAUUGCUCCACUAGUUCUAUUUGCAUUCCUGAUCCACAAAUGUAAAUCAACCAGGAAGACAGUUGAUAAUGUGGAGAAAUUUCUGCACAAACAGCAAUCCUGGAUGCCUAAAAGGUACUCAUAUUCUGAACUAAUGGCAGUCACAAACAACUGCAGAGACAAAUUAGGACAAGGGGGCUUUGGAUCAGUUUACAAAGGACAGCUUCAUACAGGCUCCCUGAUUGCUGUUAAGUUGCUGGAAAACACUAAGUUCAGUGGUGAAGAAUUCAUUAAUGAAGUUUCUACAAUUGGUCGAAUUCACCAUGUUAAUGUGGUACAGUUGGUAGGAUUCUGUUCGGAAGGAUCGAAACGAGCGCUUGUAUACGAGUUUAUGCCUAAUGGAUCUCUUGAUAGGUAUAUAUUUCUAAAAGAAAGUAAAGUUCAAGCAUUCAGCUGGGAGAAACUCCAUGAAAUUGCUUCAGGAAUAGCUCGGGGUAUCGAGUAUUUACAUGGAGGCUGCGAUGUGUGCAUUCUGCAUUUCGACAUUAAGCCUCACAAUAUCUUGUUAGAUGAAUUUUUCAUUCCGAAAGUCUCAGAUUUCGGCCUUGCAAAGUUUUAUCCAAAAGAGAAUGAUUUUGUGUCUGUAAGCACAACAAGAGGAACAAUAGGCUACAUAGCUCCUGAGUUAAUUUCGAGAAAUUUUGGAGCUGUGUCUUCCAAGUCAGAUGUUUAUAGCUUCGGGAUGUUGUUGUUGGAAAUGGUUGGGGGGAGAAGGAAUUCUAUGAUGAAGGCAACUCAUUCAAGCAGAGCAUAUUUUCCAUCAUGGGUAUAUGACAGAAUAAUUAAAGGGGAAGACUUAGAGCUUCCGAAUGUUUCUGAAAUUGAACAUCUCAUGGCAAAAAGGCUGUGUAUAAUUGGGUUAUGGUGCAUUCAAGUGAGGCCAGCAGAUCGUCCCUCCAUGGCCAAAGUUAUGGAAAUGUUAGAAGGAAACAUCGACAACUUGCAGAUGCCUCCCAAGCCUUUCUUUUCUUCUUCUUCCUCUCAUCAUAACACUGGAGGGGAGACUCAAUGUGAUCAUUCUUCAACCGAAUUGUUAGACUUAGACUCCGAUUCAAUAGUGGAGGAAUACUCAUGUUAUGAUAGCAAUGUUUAGCUUUGUCAAUGCUUUCGUUUGUUAAUCUAGUCUAACAUAGCGAGCCUGAGCUGUGGACUGGAUAUACAACUUUGUGAAGAUGCGAAUAACUAUUACAAGUGCAGUUAGGGUUUGUAAAUAUAAGAUGUAUUAAAGUGCAUGUAAAAUAAGUGAGAGCGUGUGACGCAAAAUAGUGUGAGCUAAUCUUUUUCAUUCAUAAUAAAAUUUUUUCUAACUUUGUCCA